AUGUCCGACUGCCAUAUUGAAAGUUUUGUAGUGCUCGAAGAAUUCAACAAAGAUUCUUUUGAUGCGCUGAAGGUUGCAAAUUCUGUUCAUGAUACAAUCGAGCAUUUUGCAGCCAGCUAUGUGGGACACUCCACCCAGACUUUUGAAACCGCUCAUACCAUUUGUGCCAUCACAGAAGCCAGAUUUCGUUUUGCAGGUCCUACUGCCGAAGCACAAAAGAUCAAUGCUUCUUUGUAUGAAGAAACCGCUCGGAUCAAGCCUUCUCAGGAAAGACCCAUGAGGAUUGAAUAUGUGGUUCGUGGCGAUUCGAGAAAGUUCCAGUCCUUUCAUGGAUACUGUGAGUUCAAUUGCAACGGAAGACAGUUUGAUUACAAGAAGGAGCUUUUUCCAAUGACAAAAGCACUUUAUGGAGAGAAGAGUAAGCCGAAUCAGGCAAGCAUUACCGGUCCAGAUGGAGCAGUCAUUAAAAUGAAUUCUGACUUCUUCCUGCCCUUUUAUGGGUCUCACGAAUGCAGCAGAAUCGUGGUUCCCAAAACAAGAAUCAGCAGUUUUCUAGAUGUCUGUUUGGAAAGCACAGAUAAGGCAAAUCUCGUCAUCACCAACGUCACAGUCGAGCUCCACAGGCUCACCUAUACAAAACACGAAAAGCAAAACACAAUUUUCUUUCCGCUGAAACCCGUUACAAAGCACAGUUAUGUGACUAUUUCCAGCAGAGACUGUUUCAAGAAAUUGGGCCAAUCUGACGAUUCAGAAAAAGACUGUGUCCCUGUUUCUCCAAAGCUUUUGAGAGGCGCUUUGCCCAUUUUAGAGCCCACUCUUUACUGCAACGACUCCAUGAGAAGUUAUGGCAUCAAGGUGAAGGUGACACUUUUACAUCUCCACCAUUCUUCGUGGACACAAACUUUGGAGAAUUUUGUUGAAGUCCAGGUUGGCUCGCUUUGUUUUGACAAGCCCAAGAUUCAAAAUAUCCCAUUUUUAGGCGAAAGACAGAAGACUGAGCGUCUCAGAUCCAUUGAGGUUUUCGACAGAUUCAGGUUUAGUCCAGGUCUAGUCACUGAGGGUCUUGUGAAUAAGGCCAAAAGAAAGGGUCUUCUUUACCAUCAGCACAAGUGUGAGACCAUCACGGACGAUGCUUCUGUGACGAUUUUCUCGACUGUUCUGGCGAAAGUUCCCAGAAUGAGUGGCAUUGAGCAGAAGGAGAGAGAUUCUCGGGUUCGGUUGGAAAAUCUUGCUUUUGCGGGAAGUCCCAAGAGAGCAAAGCUAUAG